AUGGAUUCAACAACAUCGAAUGAACACAGAUCAUCGCCGUACUCGCCUUCUCAUGAAAUCGAACUCUUCGAUCCAACCGACGAAGCCGAGAUCGCUGGCCCGCAACUCGAGCCCACAGAUCGCGGCUUUGCUGCAUGGAGACUUCUUUGCACUGCGUUUGUCUUUGAAGCUCUCCUUUGGGGCUUCCCCCUCUCCUUUGGAGUCUUCCAGAACUAUUACUCGACACUCCCGGAAUUUUCCAACAGCCGGUAUAUUUCAGUCGUGGGCACCGUCGCCUCAGGAAUUUCCUAUCUGGGAGCCCCGUUUACAGCCCAUUUUAUCAAACGCUUCCAGCGGUUCCAGCGACAGAUGAUCUGGAUUGGAUGGCCCAUCUGUAUCAUUUCACUCAUCUGCGGUUCUUUCGCGUCAAGUCUUACAACUCUGAUCCUAACACAGGGCGUAACCUACGGAGUUGGGUUUCUCAUUUUCUACUAUCCAAUCCUCAACAUGGUGAACGAGUACUGGGUCUCUCGUCGCGGAAUGGCAUAUGGUCUUCUUUGCAGCGCUUCGGGGAUGUCAGGUGCCGUGAUGCCAUUUAUUACGGAGAAAUUGUUAAACACGUACGGAUACCGGACGACGCUGCGUGCUGUUGCAAUUGCCCUUUUCGUGUUGACGGGUCCUUUGAUCCCCUUCUUGAAGGGCCGUUUGCCAGCUUCCAGACAUACCGCUCCUGCUCACGCAAAUUGGAGUUUUCUAAAAACGCCCUUGUUCUGGGUGUAUACCGUUUCUAAUAUGGCACAGGGGUUGGGGUACUUCUUCCCAUCCCUGUAUCUGCCCUCGUACGCGACGUCGACUGGACUGAGCAGUAUAGAAGGGGCGGUUCUUUUGGCAUUGAUGAGCAUUUCACAGGUGCUAGGACAGUUGUCUUUUGGGUAUUUGUCCGAUAAGAACUUGUCUGUUAAUUUUCUCCUCGUUUGUUCGAGUUCUAUGGCUGCGAUUGCUUCGUUGGCAAUAUGGGGACUGGCUUAUUCCUUGACAUCGUUGAUUGCUUUUGCGUUGGUCUAUGGCUUUUUCGGCGCUGGGUAUACUGCCAUGUGGGCGAGGAUGUCUACAUCUAUCAGUACUGAUCCAACCGCUGCACCGAUGAUAUUUAGCCUUUUCUGCUUUGGAAAGGGGCUAGGCAACGUAUUGACGGGGCCGCUUAGUGGUGACUUGAUAUCUCCGUUGGUAGUGUUGGGAAGCUAUGGAUUGAGGAAAUACAUGGCGGUCGUUGUUUUUACUGGGGGGUGUAUGGCUUUGAGUGGUUUAAGCAUCUGCUCAUGGCAUAUUGUUAAGCAAAUGCGGAGAUUGAUGUAG